AUAAUUUUGGCACGUCCCACGCGAUACACAAAUGCUCACGUACCAUGCCGUGUAGUUCUUAGUUCUGUCUCGAAAUCGUUCACGACAUAACUAAACGGAAGUCAUUCGAAAAUAUUGCCGUUCAUUUCUAAUCAUCUCACGCUUCGAACUUUUAAACAAAAAUUCCAAUUUUUAACGUUUAACAAAAAAAAAAAAAAAGAAAAAACAACAAAACUAAAUUACUCUUCUUCAAUCACCAUCAUCAAUACAAUACAAUAUCGCGAAAAAUUGACAAAAACUUCUUUUCUUUUAUUCAUCGCGUCUAGAGUUCUUUUCUCUUAAAAAUUUUUUACCAAGGAACUCUAAAAAUCGAGAAAAAAUAGACAUUUUUUGGUAAACUAUUUUUAAACGUGUCACGAAAGGAAAGUGUUGUGAAGCAAAAAAAAAAAAAAGAAGAAAAACUUUAUAAGUUGAUCUAUGCGAUAUGAAUGGAAAAAUUCAAAUCGAAACGGGAUGUGUGAUCGUUAUUUAAAUUUUUUUUCCUCAAACUCGAACGACUACGACGACGUCGACAAUAUAUAAAAAAAAGAAAAAAAAAUGCCACCACCUCGACUUGAUGCAGUUGAUUCGAUGGAUGUGGAAAAGCCGUCGAGGUGUUUGAGAUUCCUACGUCUACUAUGGAAAUUUUGCAAGUGCGUUUUCUCCCAUGUGAGCCUGGUAUCACUCGUGGUCGCCUAUUGCGUUUUGGGAGCCCACGCUUUCGUACUUCUUGAAGCAACCCAUGAGAAAGAUGUUAAAGAGAGCAUUAAACAUCUUCGAGGAAAUAUGACGCAAAAGCUGUGGAAAAUGACGUUGGACUCAAAGGUGUUAAUGGAAGAGAAUUGGACGAUCGGAGCCAUGGAUAAGCUCAAGAUCUUUGAGACGAACCUGCUAAAGAAAAUGAAAGAGGAGGGCUGGGAUGGAAAUGAGGAGGUGAAUAAUGUUCAGUGGACAUUUGCUGGAGCACUAUUUUACUCCAUCAUUGUUAUUACUACCAUUGGCUAUGGCCACAUUGCACCGAAAACUCGAAACGGUAAAGUCGUAACAAUAUUUUAUGCCAUUCUGGGUAUACCUCUGAUGCUCUUGUGUCUUUCAAACAUCGGUGACAUCAUGGCAUCAAGCUUCAGAUUUUUGUAUUGGAAGGUCUGUUGUUACGUGUGCACUCGACCUCCAAAGAAAAAGAGACCUCGCAAAAAUUUCUCCAGAGCGCAGUCUGUCCGUCAAUCAUCGAGAUUUUCGGAAAAUAGAGCACCAUCUUUUCGGCGAUCUAUUCGAACUAGUCAAAGAUCGGCAGAUUCGGCUUUGGGACUUUCUGGAAGUACCUUACGAACAUCGCAUUCCGAUACUGAAUGCAGGUAUCAGAUUCAAAGAUACGAUGGUAUUGAUCAGAGGAGGCCGGGUUCUUAUCUACCAUCAAGCGGAGCAAACUUGAAUGUAGAUACGAGGCAAUCGACAUUCUCCAGGUAUUCCGACGUUCCUGUCUCAUCUCCAAAGAUGACCAGAGGACCCACCAGGUUGACAACGCAAUCACUCGAUAGGCGAUUAUUGGUCAACCCCCAUGAUAAUGAUCGUUCACCUGUGUUCUUCAAUAAGUACGCCCUCGAUGAUUUCGAUGAACCAGUCAACGUUCACUCAAAAUGGAGUACUCUUCCCACCAACAGAGUGAAUUCGGAGAAAGCUUGCGGCAAAAUAGAAGUUCCGGACGACCUAGAGGAAGAAGAAGAAGAAAGGAGACCACCAGCGUUAGUAACGAGAUCGUUGCCAAGAAGAUGUCUCUCAGUUGAGGGUGCAACGAAUAAUAGAUCCGGAAUGAACCAAACGGUGCGGCCUGCUUCAGUUUUCCUUGAGAUGGAUAAUCCUAGAAGGCUUCCCACCUCCACAAGAUCUAGACGUCCUCGAAACUACUACAUAACACGACCCUAUAGAAGGGAAGCGCCAUCGCCACGAAUAAUGUCGCCAAUGGGUUUUGCCGUUCAUCGACAGGUUUACGCCGAUGAUUACGAUGUAGAUUACGAUUAUAAUCCAACAACGGCGGCAGAAGUUCAAGAUCGAAGAUCAGUGAUAAAACCAGUGCCAAUUUGGCUCUGUGUCUUUCUUGUCGUUAGCUAUAUAUUCGGUGGUGCUUUUCUCUUCAAUUACUGGGAGAAUUGGGUCUUUCUGGACUCGGCCUACUUUUGUUUCAUUACACUCACCACAAUCGGAUUCGGAGAUUUUGUACCUGCACGAAAACUCAACGCCGAGCAAGGAAUAGCCUUGUGCUCGCUUUAUUUGCUUUUUGGAAUCGCUCUUCUAGCAAUGAGUUUCAAUCUCGUUCAGGAAGAAGUCAUUAAUAACGUGAAAAGCGUAGCGAAGAGACUUGGAAUUAUCAAGGAGCACGAUGAUGACGAAGAAGACGAUGAGGACGAUGAGUAUGAGUACGAUUAUGGGGAAGAUUGAGAAAACGAGAGAGAGAGUGAGAGAGAGUACCACCAACUCAACGGUUUAAGGAUUAAAAUCUCUUAAUAAUAUCUUUACUUCUUCUGAUUUCUGCCAACCGAGAUUCCUCUUAAUAGAACCCUUCUCCUUUUUUUUUCUCUUCUUCUUACAACUCUUUUUCAGCCAAUGUCCUUCUCCAAAUUGCGAUUUUUUUUCGACCUCUUACAUUUAAUUAAAUUU